CAGAAAUGUUCCUCAAACUCGCCAUCGCCGGCGCCAUUAUCUUCAUCAUCACCAACCGCCCAAUAAUGUACAUCAUUGACCAGCUCACACCCUUCCUAUCACGACCACCCCCAUCCCCAUCCCCACCCACCCCUCAACCCCCCAUAUACCACGACCCCCCACUCACCGAUCCCGAGCCCUUCCACGAAGAAACAACCAUCAUCACCCGACGACUCUACCGCCGAAGCUUUUUCACCAGAGCCCAAACUACCACUGUCCUAGGCUACCCCCGCACGGGAGGGAUCUACGCGCUUUCAUGCGAUGGGGUGAUGUUGGAAUUCCUCGGCGUGGAUCGGUUCAAGAGGACGUUUACGGAGCGGAAGAAUGACGAGGAGGAGGAUGCGUUCUGCGCGAAGAUGCGGAUGCUGGGGGCUCGGCGGUGGGGAUGUGAAGUGGAUUGGGAGUUGAGUUUGAUGGAUUUGGAUCGCGAUGUGCUGGUGGUUGGGUGGUCGGAAGGUGGAGGGGUUUGGGUGUUGAGGAUAGGGGGGUGGAGGGCGAGGAGGGAAGGGCUGGGAUGUAUGCUUCGGAAUGCGCUUAGUAUGCAGGAGAGGUGUGGGGUUAUUGUGCGCCUGGGAGGGGUGUUUUAUGAGGAGCCGAGGGAGUGUAAGGAUUUAGAGUGGGAGUGAGCUGUGUGCUGUGGAUAGGUGGUAUAUGGGGUUGUUAGAAGCUUGAUGAGGGCAAUCGCCGUCGCGGUGCGCCUUUGGCUGGGGAUGUGUGGGAAAGGCACACAAUUAAUUAAGACUAUAUAGAAUAGAGCCGGGAAGUGGUAGGGUAGCGCAAGAGCAUGGAUACCCUGGCAUGGCUGCUCUGUGGUUACUUUAUCCAAAGCAUACAUAAGAAAUCGAC